AUGCAGCCUCCCGACAGUGAUAUAGUCAUACAGCCUCUCGACGAUUAUAUAGUCAUACAGCCUCCCGACAGUGAUAUAGUCAUACAGCCUCCCGACGGUGAUAUAGUCUUACAGCCUCCAGACAAGGAUAUAGUCAUACAGCUUCCCGACGGUGAUAUAGUCUUACAGCCUCCCGACAAGGAUAUAGUCAUGCAGCCUCCCGACAGGGAUAUAGUCAUACAGCCUCUCGACGAUUAUAUAGUCAUACAGCCUCCCGACAGUGAUAUAGUCAUACAGCCCUCCGACGGUGAUAUAGUCAUACAGCCUCCAGACAAGGAUAUAGUCAUACAGCCUCCCGACGGGGAUAUAUUCAUACAGCCUUCCGGACGGUGA